AUGUUCCAUCAGGGAUAUCAUAUUUUAGCUGAACUAAGCCUUCUUAAGUUCAGACAUCCGUCUGGAGUGUUUAUUCGCCCAAAUGAAGACAAUCUAUUGAAAUGGGUUGGACUAAUUUCAGUUCGAAGUGGAUACUACUUCGGAGGGGUGUUCAGUUUUAUUCUGAUACUUCCAGACGAUUUUCCGUCAACAAAAGUGCCAAAAAUAUACCUACCUAAAGGAUUCUAUCAUCCACAUGUGGAUUGUAUUACUGGAGAAGUGAAUGUUUACUCAGAAUUCCCUGUAUGGAAUCCAAACAAAUAUCAUAUUUGGCAUUUACUUCAUUAUUUUAAACGAAUGUUAACUAGUCCAACUAGCAUUAUGGUUUCAUCACUUGUCGACCAAACCGCUUGUAUCCGUGAUAUGCGAGAGGUGAAGUAUGCAAAUACAGAAGCAGCCAAUGCAUUAAUUCAUCAUCCAGAAGAAUUUGAUACUCAGGUGAAAUGUUGUGUCAGUAAACUGUCUGUAUGGUCAGGAUCAGCACAAGACAUUCCUACAUUGAACGUCUCCGGUUGGACGAAUGACAACUUAUUAAACGAUGCACGAAAUUUACUGGAGGUUUGGGAAAAUUCUAAACACGAUGAAGAAAAUACUGUAAUAAGUCAAGGAUUUUCAUGGAUUGAUCCGAAGAGCAUGUCUAUAUUUUCAAAUGAAUCAGCUAUUGUGUCGGAGACUUCAUUGAACUCAUGA